CACACACACUCACACACACACUCACACACGUGUGCGCUCCUCCGCUCCGGAGCUGCUGCUGCUGCUGCUGCGCUCAGCGCCGCAGUGGAAGGCAGGGCUGAACCGCUCCUUCUUUAAAUAUAUAAAUUACAGCCUGGGCCAGCCUCGGCGGCCCCCCUUCCAGCGCUCCCGGCGCCCCUCCCGUCAGUUCGCCAGCUGCCAGCCCCGGGACCUUUUCAUCUCUUCCCUUUUGGCUGGAGGAGCCGAGUUCAGAUCCGCCACUCCGCACCCGAAACUGACACACUGAACUCCGUUUCUUCCUCUUAAAUUUAUUUCUGCCUAAUAGCCACUCGUCUCUUUUUUCCCCCCCAUCUCGUCGCUCCAAGAAAACUUUUUCUUACUCCCCAAAGUUAGGGUUCCCCCUGGCCAUCGUGUAUUAAUAUUUCCCCUUUUGGAACGACUUGUAUUUUCUUUUUAAAGGAAUUCAAGCAAGAUAGCUUUUCUAUUGGACAUUGACUCUCGACUGUUUGCAAAAGUUUCGCAUUAAAAAAAAAAAAAACCUACCUGAUCUGAACUUUGAGAGUUAUUGGUUUCUUUUUUUCCUACUUUUUAAAUUUUUUUUGUUUUUUUUUAACUUUUUCCACCUUUAAAAAAAAAUGCACUACUGUGUGCUGAGCGCUUUUCUGCUCCUGCAUUUGGUCGCGGUGGCGCUCAGCCUGUCUACCUGCAGCACGCUCGAUAUGGACCAGUUCAUGCGCAAGAGGAUCGAGGCCAUCCGCGGGCAGAUCCUGAGCAAGCUGAAGCUCACCAGCCCCCCAGAAGACUAUCCCGAACCGGAGGAAGUCCCCCCGGAGGUGAUUUCCAUCUACAACAGCACCAGGGACUUGCUCCAGGAGAAGGCGAGCCGGAGGGCGGCCGCCUGCGAGCGCGAGAGGAGCGACGAGGAGUACUACGCCAAGGAGGUUUACAAAAUAGACAUGCCGCCCUUCUUCCCCUCGGAAACUGUCUGCCCAGUUGUUACAACACCUUCUGGCUCAGUGGGCAGCUUGUGCUCCAGACAGUCCCAGGUGCUCUGUGGGUACCUUGAUGCCAUCCCGCCUACUUUCUACAGACCCUACUUCAGAAUUGUCCGAUUUGACGUCUCAGCGAUGGAGAAGAAUGCUUCCAAUUUGGUGAAAGCAGAGUUCAGAGUCUUUCGUUUACAGAACCCCAAAGCCAGAGUGCCCGAACAACGGAUUGAAUUGUAUCAGAUUCUCAAAUCCAAAGAUUUAACAUCUCCAACCCAGCGUUACAUCGACAGCAAAGUGGUGAAAACAAGAGCAGAAGGCGAAUGGCUCUCCUUUGACGUCACUGACGCUGUUCAUGAAUGGCUCCACCAUAAAGACAGGAACCUGGGAUUUAAAAUAAGUUUACACUGUCCUUGCUGCACCUUUGUACCGUCUAAUAAUUACAUCAUCCCCAACAAAAGCGAAGAACUAGAAGCAAGAUUCGCAGGUAUUGAUGGCACCUCCACAUAUACCAGUGGUGAUCAGAAAACUAUAAAGUCCACUAGGAAAAAAAACAGUGGGAAGACCCCACAUCUCCUGCUAAUGUUGUUGCCCUCCUACAGACUUGAGUCACAACAGUCCAACCGGCGGAAGAAGCGUGCUCUGGACGCAGCCUAUUGCUUUAGAAAUGUGCAGGAUAAUUGCUGCCUACGUCCACUUUACAUUGAUUUCAAGAGGGAUCUUGGGUGGAAAUGGAUACAUGAACCUAAAGGGUACAAUGCCAACUUCUGUGCUGGAGCAUGCCCAUAUUUAUGGAGUUCAGACACUCAGCACAGUAGGGUUCUCAGCUUAUAUAAUACCAUAAACCCAGAAGCAUCUGCUUCUCCUUGCUGUGUGUCGCAGGAUUUAGAACCGCUGACCAUUCUCUACUACAUAGGCAAAACACCCAAGAUCGAACAGCUUUCUAAUAUGAUCGUCAAGUCUUGCAAAUGCAGCUAAGAUUCUUGGAAAAGUGGCCAGAUGAUAAUCACACGGUGUUGAUGAUGAUAACGACGACGACAAUGACAAUGUUUGUAACAAGAAAACAUAAGAGAGCCUUGCUUCAUCAGUGUUAAAAAAAAAAAAUUGAAAAAGCGGUACUAGUUCAAACACUUUGGAAGUUUGUGUUCCGUUUGUUAAAACUGGCAUCUGAAACAAAAAAAGUUGAAGGCUUUAUUCUACGUUUCACCUACUCUGUAAGUGAGAGAGACAAGAAGCAAAACCUUUUUUUUUUUUAAGAAAAAAAAAUAAACACUGGAAGAAUUUGUUAGUGUUAAUUAUGUGAAAGAAAAAAAAAACAAAACAGGAAAAUCCCAUUAAGUGGAGUUGCUGUACAUACUGUUUCUAUCCCGUGCCUCACCUGAUUUUUCUGUAUUGCUAUGCAAUAGGCGCCCUUUCCAGUCUUACUCCUAGAGUUAACAGUGAGUUAUUUAUUGUGUGUUACUAUAUAAUGAACAUUUCAUUGCCCUUGGAAAAUAAAACAGGUGUAUAAAGUGGAGACCAAAUGCUUUGCCAGAAACUCAUGGAUGGCUUAAGGAACUUGAACUCAAACGAGCCAGAAAAAAAAAGGUCAUAUUCACGGGAUGCAAACCCAAGUGAGUUAUUAUAUGACCAAGCAAGUCUGCAUUGAGAUAAAGACCCUAAAAACACAUGCUUUGUACCAGCUGCCUAAGGAAGCUUCUUGUAAGGUUCAAAACUGAAAAGCCUGUUAAUAAAGAAAACUUUCAGUCAGAAUAA